GUACAUGUGAAGCAGAUCUCUGUUAUCGAGUGAGUGCACGUGAAGCAGAGCUCAAUUAUUGUAUGAGAUCAUGUGAAGAACUGUGUUAUUGUGUGAAUGUAUGUGAAUCAAAUCUCUGUUAUUGUGUAAGAGAAUGUGAAGCAGAUUCCAUUUACUGAAUGAGUGCAUGUGAAACAGAUCUCAGUUAUUGAGUGAGUGCAUGUGAAGCAGAUCCCUGUUAUUGAGUGAGUUCAUGUGAAGUAGAUCUAAGUUAUUGUGUGAGUUUAUUUGAAAAAUUAAUAUGUUAUUAUAUGAGUGCAUGUGAAGGAAGGUCUUAGUUGUUGUGUGAUUACAUGUGAUGCAGAAUCUCUUCGUUAAUGCAUUUUUUUGUUGUGUUCUUUCAGAGUGUAAAAUCUAUUUCAACUGCUUAACAAGCAGUUAAAAUAUCGCCUGGUUACGUCCCCGGAGAACGACUCUGCCAUGAUCAGCUGGCUCAGGAUCGGCAGGACAGUACUACUGUGUGUAGUUGGGAUGACGGCGUUGCUGGUACUGGUGUACCCCUGGCUGGAGCCGGGAGGUGUCGGUAGUGCCGUCCCCGGCCUCCUGUGGUCGCGGUCCUCCUCACCUGAGAGUCACCACCCUCCAGAUUUAAAUCAUGAUUCCCGCUUAGAUGAUCAACCAAAAGUUGAUUUGUCUCUCACCUUGUGCGAUGCCACUUCAGCUGUCCCUGGGAACAGUGCCUUCAGCUUGUCUCGACACCUGCGGCAGAUAAGGGUCUUGUUGAAGUCAGCCGCGGCUCUCACCUCCACCACACUCAGAUUCAACAUCGUGACGGACACCAACAAGACGUACCAACACAUCGUCAACAUGACCCUCUCCUGGCCGCCAGAGUAUCGCUCGCGUAUUGUCUUAGUGCACCACCAGGUCUACUAUCCACCAAAGACAGAGAAUUUGCUGAAAAUGUUCAGGCACUGCUCCACAGAGAAGCUCUUCCUUCCGUAUCUUUACAAGGAGAAGGACAUUCUUAUCUCCCUAGACACGGACCUCAUCUUCAUGCAACCUCCUGAAGAUUUGUGGACGGAAUUUGAGAAUUUCGAAGAUCGUCACAUAGUGGGGAUGGCCCCAGUUCACUGGUUAUAUGGCCCAGGAUUCAAGGCGUUUCCAACCUACGGCACCAGCGGGCUCAACGCCGGGGUCAUCCUCAUGAACUUGACUCGCCUCCGUAACUUCACUGGCGGCUGGAUAGAGACUAUCCUGGAUGUCAAGGAGAAGUACAAGGGCAAGCUGUCCUUGGCCGAACAGGAUAUCCUCAACAUUAUCUUCAGCAGGGAAAGAUCGCCUCAGAUAUACGAACUUGGGUGUGAGUGGGACUUCUGGCAGCGGAUGUGUUCGGACGGGUAUAACAAGUGCCCCGGGGCGGCCUCCAGGGGCGUUGCCAUAAUCCAUGGUUGCGCUCAGACUUUCUUUUUUAAUCAAGAAAGAAAGAUUCAGGCGGUGUUCGAGGUGUGGGAGAAGUUCCAGCUGGGGCGGCCUCUGUCGGAGCUCCUGGAGAUGCUGCAAACCGCCCUGAGCCGCCUAGGAUCCGCUCCAGCAGGGUGUGGCUUCCUAUCCAACAUCGACAACACGCUCACACAGGGAAUAAAACGUCUUAUUAAACUCCAGCAAGAAAGGAAGUCUUGUGCAACAUAAGCCUUUAUGGCACGUCGUGCCCCAAAAUCAGAGACAGAGAGCGUUGUGUGUUAACAUUAUUGUGUAGAAUAUUACAUUUUCUCAUUAUUCACGCAAUGAAAUAAUGAAAAAUGAUCCUAACGUAACGAUUUGUCGUGAUUCUGUAAAGGUGUUUCAAUAUGUGUGAUGCUGAAUGUGGGUUUGGAGAUGGACUUAAGUCCUGCAACCCUCUGGAAGGUUAUUAAGGUCACUACAAUAGCUCACUGACCAGCCAGCAAAUAUACGAUAGCUCUGAACACAGUAUAAAGGUAAACUCUCAGAAUAUAUACCUGAGGGCCAUUAACACUAGUGGCCUCGACAAGAACCGGAAGCCGACGGCUUGUCGAAGGCCCCACCCCCCAUUUGUCUUCAUAAACUUUUCCAGUUUGAUUUUGAAAUUCAAAAGACUCUUUGCAUCUACGGUUUCGGCAGGUAGGCGGUUUCAUGGGUUUUUAUUUAUAUAGAUAUUAUAUAUGUACUCAUAUCUCAGAUCCCAAGAAACUUCCUUAACUCUCAACUCUCAGACCCAAAAGAAAAUUUCCUUCCUUGUCAACUCUUGGAAUCGGAUCCAAAGUUAUGAAGGAACUGGCAGAAGAACUAUGCCAGCCGCAAUAAUUACUUGUCACAAAAUCUCUGGACCAAGUGAUAGUCCCCCUAGAUUGGAAACAUGCAAAUGUCAGCCCAUUUUCAAAUGUUCGCCGCACACGUCCUCCACUCUCAACUCUCAGACCCACAAACUUCCUCACCUGUCAGCUCUCAGACCCACAAACUUCCUCACCUGUCAGCUCUCAGACCCACAAACUUCCUCACCUGUCAGCUCUCAGACCCACAAACUUCCUCACCUGUCAGCUCUCAGACCCACAAACUUCCUCCACUGUCAACUCUUUGACCUACAAACGUCGUCCCCUGUCAACUCUCAGACCCAACACUUCCUCACCUGUCAACUGUUCUUCCAUGCACCUCGGAUGAUAGCGACGCACCACAUACGACACUGUUCUUGGCAGCGGAGUCAACAUGUUGCUACAGUUGUUCUUGACCGAACGUCUCCAGGGCAAAGGAAGACAACGGGCAAGAUUUGUAUGUUCAGUAACACUUUUCCUCUGCUGGCGGGUCACAACGGAGGCUGAGAAGUCCAUAUUGUUGAUUGACUUUUGCAUAAUUGAGCUCGUCCAUCUGUUUAGAAGUGUAAACUCUGCAAGGAAUAUAUUUGUCUUCCAGGGCUGUUCCUGGUGACCUCGUCCCCCUCGCAUACCUCACCCGGCCCUGGGAGGGUUGCCCUCAGUGGUCCCCUAGCUGGCCGUCUGGUGUGUUCCAAGCCUAACAUACCUCACCCGGCCCCGGGAGGGCUGCCCUCAGUGGUCCCCUAGCUGGCCGUCUGGUGUGUUCCAAGCCUAACAUACCUCACCAGGCCCUGGGAGGGUUGCCCUCAGUGGUCCUCUGGUUGGCUCCAAAAACAACAUAACCCAACAAACAUUUAUUCAUUUUGUCAAGUCUUUAUAAGCACUAAAUUGAAAACUUGAAAAAGUUUUGAUAAUGUAAGGUGGUAACAUUAAAUAAAACGUCCUUUUCAACGUUAUGACAUAACGCUUCACAGAGAACUUUUUAAAAAUUUAUAAAUUAUUUAUUACAGUUAAUCAUGUGACAAAAUAAAUAUGAACAUGAUCGAAUACUAAUGACCCAAAGUGGAUAACAAAGAAUUUGAAGUACCUUAUAGGUAAAAAGAGAGCUUGGUACAAAAGGAUUAAAAAUGGGGAGGUCAC